AUGAGACCACUGCCGGCGGGGCCUCGGGAGGGCUUGUUGGUCUUUGCGUUCAGGCUUGAGGCCCGAGUGUUUGCUCUGGAAGAGGAGGAUAGGUGGAGUCAAUCUCUCCCGGGGUUCCUCAGAGGAGUGCAGCUCUCCCAGGUGUCCGCUUCCGCUCCCUCUUCUGCUUCUGACGGGUCUUGCUCCACUCGUCCCGGCGGACCGAACUCCGUCUUCCGUACUGAGGUGGCUGAGAACGUGGGGCACUUUUUGCGUCGCGCAUUGGACGGGGCCUACCGGGGCUCGUCUGGAAGGGAUCAGUUGAGUGUGGCUUCUCGCUAUUACAUAGUCCUUGCUGAUUUCGAGGGCCGGCAAUUUGCUGAGCCUUGUGUCUUUUCGACUUUCUCCAGGGCCAAGGCUUUGUGCAUUCGAGGCCCUGAUAAAGGGCAGAGCAUUUUUGUGGGCUUACCGAGCCAGACUGAGGAAGCCGUUAUCCCGGGUAGCACUCCUGCCUUCCAGAGGCUCCGGGAUUAUAUUUUGGAAGGUCCGGAGGUCUCUUGUCAGAUUGUCGUAGUUGGGGAGUUUGAAGGGCAGUUCUUGGUUGCUGUGCCACAAGGUUCUUGCAUCUUCAGAAGAGGAUUCCAGGACCUAGCCGAGGAAGGUGGCAGCGAGAUGCAAGAUGGAGCCGGGGACCAGGGAUGGGAGCAGAGGCUUCGUGUUCUGGAGCUGGGCAUGCGCCAGCUUCAGACGAGCAUGCAGACCUUGGUGGAUGGAGUUCCUUUGUCUCGCGAGGAGCUGGCAGAAGUUCCUCCCGAGCCUGCGCCGGCCGCCGGAGUUGGGGCUUUUCAGGGAGCUCCGCCCGGGCUGUCAAGACCGCCUCGUUUAGCUGGCCUAGAUCCGGGGGUAGUGGAUGCUGCUCGUGCUGCGGGGAUCCCAGAAAAUCAGCUCGCCAAGAUGUCUCAGAUGGCUACCGCAGGGCGGGGCCGGCUCGGCGGACGGGCCAAGGCGGCACCUCGGAGGGCUGCGGAUCCGCUGGACGAAUCGGACGAAGAGGUGGUGGCAGCCGCUGGCGAUGGGGAGGCUUUAGCUUCCGGGAGCCAGGUCACGCAGGCGAUGAUCCAGAUCAGCAAGGUCCUGAAGGCCAUGCACAGCGAGAGGGAGAAGCGGAACGAUCUGGAAGAGCUCCUGGACCGCGCCGAUGGCGGCGGCGACGCCCUAGGAGGACCUGGAGCUUCGGGAAGAUCGAAGACUGCUGCAUUUCACAAAUUGCGCGGGAUUCUGAGGAAUUCGCCAGAGCUCAUAUCGGCUUCGAUCGAGGGUCUGAUUUCCGAAGAUUUCUCUCUCGCUCAGAGCGGACCGAGUUUGGAGGAUCGAAAGUGCACUGUGAGAGGUUGGGUCGAACAUCGUUCACAUCUCCAGCAGUUUGCAGGACCGAUCAGGAACGCGUGGACUUUGGCUACCAUCGUGGACCAGCUGAACAAUGCCCAGCCGGAAGCUGCGAAAGCCACAGCCCUUUUGGCGAUAGCAUCAUUGGAUCAGGCGGCAAUAGAUCAGGGGAACUGGCUGUUAGCCAGCGAGUUUGCAAUGCAGCCAUCGCCUCCGUUCAGCGCUUUUCAACGUCCUCGAAGCCUCGAUCCUUUGGAAGCGAGACAGACCAAGAUCAUCGAUUCAAGGUGGAUUUCAGUGUUCAUGUCCCGACUGAAGGAGCGAGACGCUUUUCAUACAGCCAAGAAGAACCUUUCGAGCCAAGGGUCUUCGGUCCCUCCCGGGAACACGAGUGGGGGAGACGCUGCUGGUGGAAGUGGAGAUCCUGCGCGGAAGCCCCCGCGGAAGCCCCCCAAGGGGGGGGGCAAAGGCGGCGAGAAGGAGAAGUGA